CAGCCCUUCCACCCCCCCCCUCCACGCCACUCGUCAAAGCCUCGCCAGUAGCAGCAGCAGCAGCGUUGUCGCUGCCGCAACCUUUUGUGCGCCUCGCGUCUUCGCGGCGAUGUCGGCGGAUAAAGAGAAAAAGAGGGUGAACUCUGAGCGGCGGAAGGAGAAGUCUCGCGACGCUGCGCGAUGUCGGCGCAGCAACGAGACGGAGGUGUUCUACGAGCUCGCCAACGAGCUGCCUCUCCCCCACAGCGUCACCUCGCACCUCGACAAGGCCUCUAUCAUGCGGCUCGCCAUCAGCUACCUGCGCAUGCGCAAACUGUUGCACAACGGAGCGGUGGUUGAGGACUGCCAAGAAGAGAUGGACGGCCUCUUCGGCAAGGCCCUGGAGGGCUUCGUCAUGGCCCUCACGGAGGAGGGCGACAUGGUGUUCCUGUCGGACGGUGUCAACAAGUGUGUGGGCCUGGCCCAGGUGGACCUCAUGGGUCACAGCAUCUUCGACUUUGUUCACCCAUGUGACCAAGAGGAGGUGCGGGAGAUGCUCGUAUACAGACAAGCAGCGGGAAAGAAAGCGAAGGAGGGGAGCACUGAGCGAGACUUCUUCAUGAGGAUGAAGUGCACGCUCACGAACCGCGGGCGCACCGUCAACCUCAAGUCCGCAUCGUGGAAGGUGCUGCACUGCAGCGGGCACAUGAAGCUGUACGAGGGCAGCGCGGCGAGCGCCGGCGGCGGCGGCUUCCGGGAGCCGCCCCUCGUGUGCCUCGUCAUGACCUGCGAGCCCAUCCCGCACCCGUCCAAUAUCGAGGUGCCGCUCGACAGCAAGACCUUCCUGAGCCGCCACAGCAUGGACAUGCGCUUCACCUACUGCGACGAGAGGAUCACAGAGCUGAUUGGCUACCACCCCGAUGAGUUGCUUGGCCGUUCAGUCUACGAGUACUACCACGCCCUGGACUCGGACCACAUGACCAAGAGCCACCACAACUUGUUUACCAAGGGCCAGGCCGUGACGGGGCAGUACCGCAUACUGGCCAAGGGCGGGGGCUACGCGUGGGUGGAGACCCAGGCGACCGUCAUCUACAGCUCCCGCAACUCCCAGCCGCAGUGCGUCGUCUGCGUCAACUACGUGCUCAGCGGGAUCGUGGAGAACGACACCAUCUUCUCGCUGGAGCAGACCGAGCGUCUCUUCAAGCCCAACAAAGCGGCGGUGGCAGUGGUGGCGGCGGGAGAAGCGGCGAGCGAUGGCACGGAUGAGGAGGAAGACAUGGCGCUGCUCUACACGCAGCUCAAGAACGAGCCCGACGAGCUGGCACAGCUCGCACCCACGGCCGGAGACGUCGUGGUGCCCCUCGACUUUGGCACGGGCCUGGCGUCGUUCGACGACGUUCCGCUCUACAAUGACGUCAUGAUGGCCGCCUCGCCCGAACCCAUGCCGUCCCCGGCGACGCCGACCAAGGCUUUCGCCGAGCUCCCUGCGGCGGUUGUGGCGGUGACGGAGGCCGGCCCCGCGGGCGACUCGUCCCUCACGGCGCCGCAGCAUUCGUCCGGUCCGUCGUCGCCCUCCGGCUCCCCGGCAACAGCUCCGUCCACGGCGCCGAACAGCCCCAGUGAUUACUACUCGGCCGUCGGAGGUGACCUGAAGGUGGACCUGAUUGAGAAGCUGUUUGCCGUUGACUCGGAGAUCAAGGAGGGCAGCUUCAAGCACGAUGACAUGGACCUGGAGAUGCUGGCACCGUACAUCCCGAUGGAUGGCGACGACUACCAGCUGUGCACGUUGAGCCUGCAGGACUCGCUCACGCUGCCGCCCGACGGGUCCACCCUCUCCUCGCCCGGCCAGAGCGAGCGGUCAUCGUCAACGGUGGACGCUCCGACCCCGGCCUGCGGCCCCACAUCGUUGCCCCCCGCCGCCCCACAGCCCCCGUCGCCGUCGCUGGGGUCACCGGAAGGCCCUGCCUCCCCGUCAAGCCGGCACACGGCCACGAUGCCGGCAGAGCAGGCGAACUUAAUCGUGACGAGCAGCCAGAGCAAGUUAGCGCCGACAGCGCCGCCGCCGUUCACCAUGUCCACGGUGCACAUCCUCAUCAGCGGUACGGUGCCGGUCGGCACCACGCUGCCCGGCGGAGUCGUGUCGGCCAUCCCGUGGUCCGGCACCACCACCACCACAACCGGCGCCGUCGUAAGCGCGCCCACCACCAUUGUCCUGCUGCAGCAGGCGCCACGUGCGCAGACCGUCGCCUCCCUGCCCAGCACCGUCGUGGUCAGCGGCAGCGACGUGAGUCUCGCCAAGGCGUCGCUGACGACGAUCGCAAGCGCCGUCAAGCGCAAGUGGCAGACGGGCACCACGGGGCCCUUCCUCCAGCAGGUCGUCAUUAACAAACAGGAAGGUGCCAACAAGACGCAGUUCCUGGCGGAGUUGCCGUUGAAACGGAGCAAGGUAUCGCAAGACGUGGAAGCGGAGGCACUUACGUCAGACCUCGUCAGCCGGCUGCUGGGCCCGACUCUGGAGGACAUCACGCUGCCGAUGCUCAACAGCUACGACUGCGAGGUGAACGCUCCGGUGCAGGACAGCCGCACGCUCCUGCAGGGCGAGGAGUUGCUCAAGGCCCUGGACCAGCUGUCCUGAGCCGACCUUUCACCUCCUCUCUACCCCCAUAACGUCUCUGCUACCCCUCCCACCACCACCACCAGCCCAAUAUAUCUCCCCAUCCAAACUUUUCUUUCGACCCCCCCCCCCCCCCCCACCAAUGUUCAUUUAAGUGUCUCUCGCCUUGCCCCCCUCUCCGUGUGUUUGUCAGUCAUUUGGGUCACUCGUAAAAACAUUGGCGGUGAUUCCCGCCACGGGUUGGUGUGUGAUUUCCUCCACCCCCCCCCCUUCCCGCGUGGCACAGGCGGAACAAGUUGGCAACAGUCACUUUCCGCCGUCAAGUAUAGAGAGACGGAGAGAGAAAAAUGAAAGUAAAAACAUAACAGUUCAACAUUUCAACCGACGAUCCCUCCAGGACAAUGCCUUAUGUAAACUUUUAGAGAUGGGUCCAUCGAGCAAUUUGUCUCUUUGCACAAACAUGUGAGCAUGUUACUCACCCGGACAUGGACACACAUACGUACACCCCCUACAUACAAUCCGUUCCUUUUGUCUCUUUGCCACAAUUGUGAUGGGUGUCAGAACUUGGUCAGGGGUUUGACGACAGCCAGGCUUGUACAAACCGACAGAGGCAGCAACGCUGCAAAUGUAAAUGUUGGAAUCUCUACAUUUCCCCUUGUUUGUGCAGCUAUGAAUUGUAUUUUCCUGUAUUAUUUCCACGUUUUUUUGUUGUAUCGUUUCAAAGCGCCUGUAUGGCAAUUGACAGAGGAGAUGAUCCUGUGACUCAAACCCAAGCAGACCAGAUGAUCUGGCCGAGUUUUUAAUUUUGUGUUUGCGUCCGUGUACUGUCUUGCACGGCUUUGUCUUGUGGCAACAGACGUCCUCUUAGGACGUGAAUGGACAAGUCCAGAGGGACUCAUGAAUACCGGCUUUUUUUUUUCUCCAGAAAAUAUAAUGGUUAACUUAUAUAAAAAAAAGUUAGAAUAACAAUCUAAUAGAUAAAUGGGGGAGAGAAAAAAAAAUCUUUUUUUAAACACACCAGGGUAGGUUGAGUGUAUGUGCUGUCAUUUAUCACCAUUUGGAUCAAUACGCAAAUGGAAACAUUUUUACAAAAUAAUACGCAGAAGUAAUGCUUUUAUUUAGAUUGAGUAUUUUUUCAUAGAUGCCUGAUUGAGUGUAUUGUUAUUCUGCUCAAAUAUAUAUUAUGGUGACCUUCAAGGUGGUAUUUUUUAAGUUUCCAUGCUUGCUUUAGUAGUGGCAUAGUGGCGACCCAUUGCUUCCACGAAUAAUAAUGGUUCAUUUAAACAUCGAGAAUUCACGAGGAUCACGAACCGGCUUCCAGGGUGCGGCAAUACGAAACCCACACGUCUGCCUGCUUCUCUAAUGCUUCUCUUUCCACUGUACAACCGAGCCACACCCGUGCUGAGCCAGCCCGGAGCAGCUCGGGAGAGGUUUUUCUAGCGCAGAACCGGAGCCAUGCCGCCGACGUGGGACGCACUGAAUUGUACGCGUGUCGUCGGCGUUUUGCGUUGAAGCGUGCCGUUUCAACGCAAUGUAUGACGACAAUAAUUCCGGUGUUUUGCGAGUUCACCGUAUCACGGUUUUUUGUGUUCUGGCUUCGGUUUGUAAAGUUGCAGGUGGAAAACCGGUCGGUGUGUAUGGGUGUGUGAGGGGGUUCUCCCCGCGGUGGCGCGGCUCAUAUGUGCCAGUGGAAAAGGGGGGGGGGGUGGUGGUGGUCAAGGGCUGUCCAACGCUGACACGCACAACCUGGGACAGUGCUCGCCCUAAAAGCGGCAUCUGCCACUGCCCAGUACAGAAAGCAAAGAGCGGAAUGUCGGUUCGGUCUCACAAAAGUGCAGUCGUGAGAAACGAUAAAACCUCGUUUCCGAGCUCGGAUCUUUCAUAUGCCAAAAGAUUUUUACAACCGUAAGUUAACGUCGACCAAUUGGGAUGAAAAUUAGGGUUCUAUGUGCGGGGUGCCGAGUGGAAAUCCAGGAUUCUGCUUUUGACUUUACCUCACAAUGUUCGCAUUCGAUACGAUGCAUGCGUUAAGUAGGGUUUGUUUUGUUUCCCUUCCGAAUACUAAGCACCUUGAAAAUUUAACCAUACUGAACUGUUUGCAGUAAGGUUUCAAACCAUUUGUAGCUGAUUACAAUAUCUGUGAGUGUAAUUGUUAAAGGGAGUGAGCGCGUUUGUUUUCAUUUGAGUGCAAUUUAUUUUCAAGGCUGCACAAUUUUGAUAAUUAUGGUUGCCAGUGUCAUGUUCGCUUCAUCGCGCACCAUUUACAAUGGGGGUUCUUUUCACUCGUUGAAUAUUUUCUCCCGAAAUGAUAUCUCGAUGAACUGUCUUGAGCAGCAGCCAUGUGUUGUGGUGUGACUAGGGUGUGACUGCUGGUUAUAGUAACUAGUAUGUAAAUGCCACACACAAUAUAAAUUUAGUUGGGUUGUUUAUUGGGUCUUGUUAGGGAGCAAUAACAGGCUGUUACAAUCCUAACUUCGUGUAUUGUACCUUGUAAGUUUCCUUGGUUUUAAUUUGACACGAGCUCUUCCACGCACUAUCACCUUUAAGAGACGUAAUUUUGUGACAUGUACGUUCUAGUUGUCAUCUGUAUUUUAAAAUGAAAUAAACGAAUAGUUUUA